AUGUUGUUGAAAAGCAUCUUGGGCUGGACCGCCCUCGUGGCUUCCGCUGUCGCUGCUGACCUUCCCGAAAUCGAAAUCAUCGGCAACAAGUUCUUCUUCAAGAACAACGGCACUCAGUUCCUCAUGAGAGGUAUCGCCUACCAACAAAACCCAACCAACACCACCGCUUCGUUCCACGAUCCGUUGGCUGACACAGAAGCAUGCAAGCGUGACAUCCCCUACAUGCAAGCUGUCAACACCAACAUCAUCAGAGUGUACGCCCUCAACGCCUCGUUGGACCACACCGAGUGCAUGAACUUGUUGACAGACGCCGGCAUCUAUGUGAUUGCUGACUUGUCCCAGCCUGACCAGUCCAUCAACAGAGACAGCCCCGAGUGGAACUUGGACUUGUACAAGAGAUACACCGACGUGGUCGACAAGUUCCUGAACUACUCCAACAUCCUCGGAUUCUUUGCUGGUAACGAAGUCACCAACAACGUCACCAACACCGACGCGUCUGCGUUCGUCAAGGCUGCCGUCAGAGACACCAAGGCCUACAUCAAGGCCAAGGGCUACAGACAGAUUCCUGUCGGAUACAGUGCCAACGACGACACCGACAUCCGUGACUCUUUGGCCGACUACUUCGCCUGUGGUGACGAAGACGAAAGAGCCGACUUCUUCGGUAUCAACAUGUACGAAUGGUGUGGCUCUUCCACCUACACCUCCUCUGGUUACUCCGACAUCUCCAAGCAGUACCAAAACUUGGGUAUCCCCAUCUUCUUCUCGGAAUACGGCUGCAACAGAGUCACCCCAAGACAGUUCCAAGAAGUCGGCACCCUCUACGGCUCCGACAUGACCAAUGAGUGGUCUGGUGGUAUCGUGUACAUGUACUUCCAGGAAGACAACAACUAUGGUUUGGUUUCCAUCAAAGGCAACUCCGUGUCCACUCUUGCUGACUACAACAACUACAAGUCCCAGAUCCAGAAGAUCUCGCCCUCGUUAGCUGCUGCCAGCGCUGCCUCCACCGUUUCCGCCACUUCUUGUCCUACCUCCACCAGCAACUGGUUGGCCUCCACCAACUUGCCUCCUACCCCCGACCAGGAUGUUUGUGACUGUGCCACCAGCGGUGCCCAGUGUGUUGUCUCCGACGACGUGGACUCCGAGGACUACGGUGACUUGAUUGGUGUUGUCUGUGGUAUUUUCGACUGUUCUGGCAUCAGCACCAACGCUACUGCCGGAAAGUACGGUGCUUUCUCUCCAUGUGACUCCAAGAACAAGUUGAACUUCGUGUUGAACGCUUACUACGAAGCCAACAGCCAGCACAGCGACGCCUGUGACUUCUCUGGCUCUGCCACCAGAACCUCGGCCAACGCUUCCGGCUCCUGUUCCGCCCUCUUGAAGUCUGCUGGUGCUUCUGGCACUGGUGUUGUCUCUGGAAACCGUAGUGGUUCUGGUAACUCUCGUGCCAGUUCUGGUUCUGGUUCUGGUUCUUCCAGAUCCGGCUCCAGUGCUUCCAGAUCCGGUUCCCUGAGAUCUGGUUCUGCCUCUUCUUCCAACGCUGCUGUCAGUGUCAAGGGUGUCAAGCCAUUCUCCAUGGACUCCGUUGCCAAGACCAUCUUGAUUGGUGGAGGUUUCGCUAUUGGUAUCACUUUGACCUUCCUCUAG